AGAAGCGGAAAAGAUAAAAGUUUACCCAGUGAUCAAGCAACAACACAAACAACCCAUUUGGCGCGGAUUGCAUCGCCCUCCGAACAUGGAAUCGGAACCCGAAACCGACGUUGAAUCGGAGACUGAGCAUUUCAACGGAAUUUCAAACAAAAGAAUGUCACCGUGGGAGUCCUUCCUCCGAAACCAACAAGAUUCCAUCAGAUCGCUCUUCAACCGCCGCAACCGCCCCUCCUCCGCCCUUCCUCCUUCUCCACAAAACAACUUAUCCUUCAAACCCAUCCCUCAGCUCUCUCCUCUCGCCAACUCUGUCGUCGCUCGCUCUUCUCAGAUCCUUGGAGUUUCGACUCACGAACUACAACACGCCUUCGAUUCGGAGCUUCCGUUGAGCGUCAAGGAGCUUCUAACUUACGCUAGGAACCUUCUGGAGUUCUGCUCCUUCAAGGCUCUUCACAAAUUCACCGCCACUCCCAAUUACCUAAACGACAAGCACUUCCGUCGUUUGACCUAUGACAUGAUGCUCGCCUGGGAAUCCCCCAGCGUCGAGAGCGACGACAAUGAAACUCCUAAAUGCAGAAGAUACGAGGCUAAUGGUGAUGAAGAUGAAGGUUCCUUCUUCUAUUCCAGUUCCACUAACAUGGCACUUCAGGUUGAUGAUGAAAAAACGGUUGGUCUGGAAGCUUUCUCCAGGAUAGCCCCUGCUUGUGUUACUGUUGCUGAUAUAAUAACCGUCCACAAUCUCUUUAGCGCGCUCACUGUUUCUUCCGAGAAUCGCCUCCACUUUCUUGUUUAUGACAAAUACCUAAGAUUCCUUGAUAAAGUUCUGAAGAAUUCUAAAAAUGCGCUGGCUGCUUGUUCUGGGAAUCUUCAGCUUGCCGAAGAAGAGAUUGUCCUCGAUGUUGAUGGAACAAUACCAACUCAACCUGUUCUUCAACAUAUUGGAAUGUCUGCAUGGCCGGGGCGGUUGACCCUGACCAAUUAUGCUCUAUACUUUGAGCCACUUGGAGUUGGUUUGUAUGAGAAAGCUAUUCGAUAUGAUCUCGGCACAGACAUGAAGCAAGUCAUAAAGCCUGACUUGACUGGACCCCUUGGUGCUCGCCUUUUUGAUAAAGCCGUGAUGUAUAAAUCAACUUCUGUAGCAGAGCCUGUUUAUUUUGAAUUCCCUGAAUUUAAAGCAAACUUCCGUCGUGACUAUUGGUUGGACAUUAGCCUGGAGGUUCUCCGUUCUCACCAGUUUAUCAGAAAAUACUACCUUAAAGAGGCACAGAAAUCAGAAGUACUUGCCAGGGCUAUGCUGGGUGUUUUCCGGUAUCGUGCAGUUAAAGAGGCUUUCAAGUUUUUCUCAUCUAACUAUAAAACCUUGCUUACUUUUAGCCUGGCUGAAACUCUUCCACGGGGAGAUAUGAUCUUGGAAACCCUGACAAAUAGCUUGACAUAUCUAACUGCUGUUUCCAUUAAACGUGAUAUUCCUGGGACUUUAGAUACAAAAAGACAACCGGUUUUAUCUCCACCGUCAGUUGUGGCACUUUCCUCUCAUGGAUUUAAAUCAAAAUGUGUGGCUAAUGUUUAUGAAGAAACAAUUGCUGUUGGUGAUAUCCGUGUUGGUGAGAUAAGUCCCUUGGAAGUGGCAGUGAAACAGUCCCUUAAUGACACUGGAAAAGUUGCAGCUGCACAGGCAACUGUGGACCAAGUGAAGGUUGAAGGCAUUGAUACAAAUGCUGCAGUAAUGAAGGAACUACUAUUCCCAUUGAUAGAACUUGCUAUCCGACUAUGGCAUUUGACCUUGUGGAAAGACUUUUGCAAAUCAACAUUGUUUUUGAUUCUCUCCUGCUAUGUAAUUAUAAGGGGAUGGAUUCAAUAUUUAGUGCCAUCCAUUUUCAUGUUCACUGCAAUUGUCAUGCUCUGGCAUAGGCAUUUUAGAAAGGGACGACCAUUAGAAGCAUUCAUAAUAACUGCGCCACCAAAUAAAAAUGCAGUAGAACAACUGCUGACAUUACAAGAGGCCAUUACGCAAUUUGAAUCACUUAUUCAAGCUGGAAAUAUUGUUCUCCUGAAAAUGAGAGCGCUUCUACUUGCUCUAUUACCACCAGCUACAGAGAAGGUUGCAAUGUUCAUGGUUUUCAUAGCUGCCGUGUUUGCUUUUGUUCCUCCAAAAUACAUAUUUUUGGUGGUGUUCGUUGAGGGUUACACAAGGGCGAUGCCAUGGAGGAGGGAAAGUAGUGCCAGAUGGAUAAGGCGCCUUAAAGAAUGGUGGGUCAGAAUACCAGCUGCACCUGUCCAGCUCAUUAAGCCUGAAGAAAGCAAGAAAAGAAGAUGAUGUUGCGUUUACUUGCAUUGUACUUCAAUCAUAUGGCUUGAUACCAGCAUAGGUUGACACUAUUCCAUGGGUAAUCAUCAAUCAUUAACCCAAUAUUAAAUUUUUGUCUAUCUCAUAAGCGCGAAAUCAUUUUUGUUUUUGGCAGCUAAGUUGUAUAUUCUCUUACCUCAUUCGUGCUUUCCCCUUGUACUAAACCCCAGUUCAUUUGGAAGUUUUGUAUGGCAUAAUGUGCUUUCACUUCAACAUACCAAUUUUGAAUAUCAUAGC